AUGAACACUUCAUUAAAUAAGGGUUCCGAUUAUGAAGACGCUAAUGAUGAAAUUUCAAUAUUUUGGAACACUUUUGCACAAGCAAUAGAUUCGGUAUUAAAUAACCAAGCUCAUGUGAAGUUAAUCAUUGCCGCAAUUGGAGUUUUUAUUAAUAUUUUUCAUUUUAUAGUUCUAACCAGAAAAUCUAUGAGAGUAUAUACCAUUAAUCUUUUUAUGAUUGGUAUUGCAAUUUGUGAUUUUCUUCGAUUACUUUCCGUUGUUCUCGGGGCUUUACCACACUAUUAUAAGCUAUACCGAAGGUCUAUAACGCCUCACAACUGCAUUCCACCGGAAACAUAUGUUGUCUUUUUUGUAUAUAUAUAUAUAUAUUCUGAAACAGUAUCCAUGAUUGCCCAAAAGCUCGCUGUCUCGUUUGGAGUUGCAAUGGCAAUUUUAAGGGUCGUUAUAUUAAAAUACCCGUUGAGUCGGAGAGCUCAAGAUCUGAUAAUGUCGGGCUCAGGAAUUCGAAUUAUUUUCAUCGUCUGCCUCCCCCAUUUACCAUUCUGGUUUUUUGACCUACAAUGGACGGAAAUUCGAGAAAAUGGGACCUGGAAGCCUCCUUCUGGUUGUAAAAAUUUCAGUGAUCAUAGUUUACAUACAAAGUACUCGUUCGAGCAUGGAGAAGAUAUAAAUGAAACUUUGCGUUUUAUGGAAGGGAUUUUGUUCACAGUGGUUCCAUCAAUAAUUCUUCCAAUUGCCACCGGAUUUCUUAUUUAUGCUCUGAAAACUAUGACAAGGGCAGCAACAUCCUCUAGAAGUAAUGGUUCUACAAAAAUGGUAGUCUUAAUUACUGUUACUUUCUUGAUUGCUACUUUUCCACUUGGGAUGACCUAUUUCGUCAAUUUUUUGGGCCUUGAUGAUAUACUAGCUUUUUUCUUAUAUAUUAUUGGUAUUUUUUGUGAAUUCGUGUCAAUAAUCAAUGGAACAUUGCAUUUUGUGCUAUGUGCAUGUGUAUCAUCACUGUAUCAAAAUACUGUAAAAGAAAUGUUUGGACGUAAAAAAGCUCGCGUAGCUACUACAAUUUUUUGA